UAAAACUUUUGGUAAAUAUUACUUUAUUUCUUUCUCCUGCUGUCUGAUAAAAUGUUUUUCCUGUCCUGAGGAACUCCAGUUUAUUUUAUUUUAAUGAAUCUGAAGCUUCACAUGGAGCUCUGAGGUCCACGUGACCCCAUCUGACCCGGCCCCCGUUUCCUGUACAUGCUGACGAACAUUCACCGGAAACAGCAGAAACCCUAUUUCAAAAUAAAAGUUCCAGUUCAGAGGAGCCAGCAGGGACUUAAUUCCAUUAAAGGAAAAUUAAAAUGUGAAUAUAACAGUGACUCUUGGUUCUGGUUCUUCUUGGUUCUGAACCCGACAAUCAUUUGCUUUGGAUCAGAACUGACGGAUUUCUGGGUGAUAAUAAAGUCAGAGAUGAAAACUGAAUUUUUAUCUGCAGUUUAUCCUCGUUUCCUUGAGGAACACCAGAGGUUAUUAUUAGUAUUAUUUGAACUUUGACAGCCGGUCGGUUCUGGUCCACUUCCAGGCGGGUCGGAGCCAGCACAGCUCAGCAAAUGAGACUGUUUUAUUGUGAAAGGAGAGAACCGGAAGUGGAUCCGGUGUGCUGUCGGAACACUUGAUGCCGAACCGUUUCCUGCUUCUCCGUCGGUGCAUCUGAGCGGCUCCAGCAGAGGUUCGCGGAGCAGAGCCGGGCCCAUCCGGACCGGAGCCGAACCGAACCCGAACAUGGCGAAGAGCUACGACUACCUGUUCAAACUGCUGCUGAUCGGAGACAGCGGCGUGGGCAAAACCUGCCUGCUGUUCCGCUUCAGCGAGGACGCGUUCAACACCACCUUCAUCUCCACCAUCGGAAUCGAUUUUAAAAUUCGGACCGUGGAGCUGGAUGGGAAGAAGAUCAAACUGCAGAUCUGGGACACGGCGGGUCAGGAACGCUUCCGGACCAUCACCACAGCCUACUACCGAGGCGCCAUGGGCAUCAUGCUGGUGUACGACAUCACCAACGAGAAAUCCUUCGACAACAUCCGGAACUGGAUACGCAACAUCGAGGAGCACGCGUCGGCAGACGUGGAGAAGAUGAUCCUGGGAAACAAGUGCGACAUGAACGACAAGAGGCAGGUCUCCAAGGAGAGAGGAGAGAAGCUCGCCAUCGACUACGGGAUCAAGUUCCUGGAAACCAGCGCCAAGUCCAGCAUCAAUGUGGAGGAGGGCUUCCUGACCCUCGCCAGAGACAUCAUGAGCCGCCUCAACAGGAAGAUGAACGACGGGGGUCCGGCAGGUGGAGGUGGCCAAGUGAAGAUCUCAGAGCCGCUCUCCAAGAAGAGCGUGUUCAGGUGUUCGCUGCUGUAGGCGGAGCCUCCAGCGGCCCACCAAUCACCUGCAGACGCUCACUGCAGUAGGCGGAGCCUCCUGACCCACUGUGGCUCCUCCUCCAUCCAGGUUAUGAUGGCGGCUGCCUUGAAACGUGAAAACAAUCGGCAAUGUUUUUAUUUCUGUAGGAUGGAGGCGGGGCUUAUAUAGGGGCGGACCUUACAUGUACAGACACACUUAAAGGGACAGUCCGUGUUUUUCCUGAUUGGUCAUCUGAGCGCGCUCAGUUUCUGCUGAAAUCAUUACUUCCCUCCUCCAGCGCCUCGCUCUAAGAAGAGCAUGUUCACAAGGAAAAGUUAGUACACCCCUUGAUCAGCUCUUUACUAGAUGUUCACAUAAUCUUUCAUAUUUAUCUCCAGAAUUUAAAGUGAUUUUAUCCAAAUAAACAGGAACUAAUCAGAAGGACAACCAAAGUUUUCUCUAACUCAGGGGAAAGUUAGCACACCCCAACAUCUACUCUGUCUGGAUGAAAUCCCUUCAGGAGAAGCUUCUUGUCUCCAUCUGUGGGACGCUGUCCCCUCAUCACUUCCUGUCUCCCCACAGCAUCUGCAAGAGCUCAGUAUCUGGCCUUUGACUAGGCUGAGGAGCUUCAUCCAGCUCCCUGUGUUCCUGAUUGCAGACGUUUCUGUUCUGAUUGUUCAAACUGAGCGCGCUCAAACGUGUGAACUGUCCCUUUAAAGCCGUCUCCAGGAAGGUCACCUCGGGGUCAGCAGGGUGGCCAUGCUUGACUUAAAAAUGGCAGCUGUGAGCAUGAAGUAGGCACAUUUCGGUCUGACGUCUCCAACCAGGAUGACUGAUGGUUUCAUUUCAACGCAGCUUCGGUUUGUUUUCAUGCUUUUAUUUUGAAGUUAUCUGCUCUAACAGUUGUCUCAGGACAGGAAGUGCUGCAGUUUUCAGUGAAACAGGAAAUGUUUCAGCUUCCUGUGGAGAAUCAGUUUUACAUGAGGAGGUUCUGAUCCGUCAGCUGGUCUGAGGUCAGCAGAACCCAACCGGAACCGGCUAUGCAACUGAUCCGGAGAACCCGGCUGUCUCCAGAGUUCCUCGAGUUUAUUUUUCUACCUGACUUUCAGAAUAAAAGCCUCUAACUGUAUUGUAACAUGAAGGAUUUUCUAAAUAAACUUGUUUUAUAUUG